GGAGGAAGAAGAAGACGAUUGGGUGAAAAUUCAAAACGCGACGACAAUGCCGAGCAAGCUGAAAAAGGCGAUAGGAGCGGUUAAAGACCAGACGAGCAUCAGCCUCGCCAAAGUCACCAACGGAGCCAACAGAGGCCGCGGCGGCGACCUCACCACCCUCGAAGUAGCCAUCCUCAAAGCCACGAGCCACGACGAAGACGUCCCGAUCGACGACCGUCUCGUCUCCGACAUCCUCUCGAUCAUAUCCUCCAAAAAAUCCCACGCCGCCGCCUGUGCCGCGGCGAUCGGACGCCGCAUCGGGCGGACGCGGAGCUGGAUCGUCGCGCUAAAAUCCCUGGUCCUCGUCCUCAGGAUCUUCCAAGACGGAGACCCUUACUUCCCUCGCGAAGUCCUCCACGCCAUGAAACGCGGCGCGAAAAUCCUCAACCUCUCCACCUUCCGCGACGAUUCGAACUCGCGACCUUGGGACUACACAGCCUUCGUCCGCACGUACGCGCUCUACCUCGACGAGAGGCUCGACUGCUUCUUAACCGGGAAGUUACAGAGACGGUACACUACUAAUAACAAGAACCAAACCGGAAUCAGAUCCCGGUUUAAUCCGAGAAUUAGAAAUAAAACCGACGAACCGGCCGUUAGAGAUAUGAAACCGGCGACGCUCCUCGACAAAAUCACGUACUGGCAGAGACUGCUCGACAGAGCCAUCGCGACGCGUCCGACGGGAGACGCGAAGGCCAACAGGCUCGUGAAGACGUCUCUCUACGCGGUUGCGCAGGAGAGCUUCGAUCUCUACAGAGACAUCUCCGACGGUUUGGCUCUCCUCCUCGACAGCUUCUUCCACCUUCCGUACAAAUCUUGCAUCCACGCGUUUCAAGCCUCCGUCAGAGCUUCGAAGCAGUUCGAGGAGCUUAUUGGAUUCUACGAGCUAUGCAAAGCGAGCGGCGUGGGGCGCACGUCGGAGUAUCCGAGCGUUCAGAAGAUCUCGAUGGAGCUUCUGGAGACGCUGCAGGAGUUUUUGAAGGACCAGUCGUCGUUUCCGGGGAACAACGCGGGGAUGUAUCCUUCGCCGAAUAGUCUUCUUCUUCCUCCUCCUCCUUCGACGGUUUCGAGCUCGUUGUCGGAGAGGUGUUGUUCGGAUUACGGGUCGUUUCGGAGUGCUUCUUUGGAGGAUGCGGGGACUAGUAGUCCUCCGAUGUCUUGUCACUCGGAGCCUUGCGGAGGAGGGAGAGAGGAUCCUAAUGGGAAUAGCUUUGAUACGGUUUCGACUAAGUCUCUUCCUAAUACUCCCUCCAGUGUCACAUUAAAGAUGUUGGAUGACAAGGAGAGGAAGAAGAAGAAGCAAGAGGAAGCUUCUGAUCCUUGGGAGGCUUUGAUGUUGAGAGAUGAACCGAGGAAGAACAUUGAAACGAUUCCUGAAGAGCCUUCAACCUCUAAGAAUCAGAGAGACUCAGGGAACUGGUUGCUUGCGCUGGAAGAAACAGUUACUACGCAAGUAGAGGAUACUAACUCAAUGGCGAUCGUACCGUUCGGAUUGGAUGAUCCGGUGCCGUUUCAAGCCACCAUGGACCAACACAAUCCAUUCAUGGUGGAACCAGCUGCGCCGUUAGCUAAAGUCGGUACAAGUGGAGAACUGAUGAGUACCGCGUUUAAUGCCUUGGCUCUCACGGAGUUUCAGGGAAACGUUCCUGAUGAUUUUGUGCCUUCGUCUGUCCCAACUUUUAAGGCCACAGGGAGUUUGCCCGACAAGUGUGAGCCAUUUGCAACGUUUGAGAGUUUUGGGUUCGGAGAGAGUGUUUCACAAAAUGGAGGGGUACAUGAGCGAUCUGUGUUGCAAGAACAGCAGUUAUGGUUGCAGAAUCAAAACAAGAUCAUAUCUAAGCAUUUGAAUUGAUAUGAUCUUUAAUUUGACUAGUCAGAGAUUGAAAUGUUUUUUUUUUUCUUUUCUUUUGGUACAUUGUAUACUGAACUCUAAUUGAUUUUGUCACAACUAGGAGAAAAGUGAAUUAUAUAACAAUUGUAUCACACCAUCGCCAAGCCGCUCUGGUUCAAAGGCUUUGUCUAACGACAAACCUGAUGUGAGGAAGGAAAUGACAGAGACUGAGAAACCAGAGAGUGAUUCUAAACAAUUGAAUAGCUCCCAAAGGAAGGAGAUUUCUGAGAAUUCGUCAUCACCAUGAUCAUAAUUCAUGAUCACAGCCUCCAGAAUCAUCACCAAUAUGGCUGAAUCUCCCCGCUCAGGCUUCCAAAGAUCUCAAUGAUCCCUUUCUCUGCAAUUUUUGUUAACGUUUGUGGAUGAGGAGUGGAGGUGGAAGUGUUUCUCACUUUUGUUUUUUGAUUUUCUUUUGGCUGUGGAUGAAUUGAAAACAAUAUAGGACUAAACCAG